CGAGGCUUCGGAGCUCGGCAGUUGUCAGUCGGUAAGCAGUAGGUACCGCAAAAGUUUAUGCGUGCUUGUUGUGAAUGAUCGCGUGCGAUUCCACGUCCGUUUGCACGUUCCUUCUUCGUUUUCGUUGGCUGAGAGACUCGCGAUGAGCAUGUCAGAGAUCGACGUCGUGUCGCCCGCGUGAACGGUAAACAAUUACGCGGGUGAGUGUGUUGUGUUCCGAGGGAGUGUCGUUAACCUCGCCGAGAGCUCGGAGAGUCGAGAUUCCCUCGCUGGAAAUCGCGCGCAGAUCCCCGACGGAGCUGUCAGUAUCGCGAACUUGGGUGCACGUCAGUCGCUCGAUCAGAAUGUCGGCGUCGGUCGCGUCGUUCCCGGCGUCGCGACAGUGAGAACAACACGUCCGCGGCAGUGAACCGAGUGUCGUCGGGGAAACAGCUCCAGGGUGAGCCGUGUUCGCGUCAAGAGAUUUAGAGACCACCGAGGAAAAUGGCGGACCUCGAGGCGGUGCUGGCCGACGUCAGCUACUUGAUGGCCAUGGAGAAGAGCAAAAGUACACCGGCCGCCCGUGCAAGCAAGAAGAUCAUCUUGCCCGAUCCCAGUGUGAGAAGCGUAAUGCACAAAUAUCUGGAAAAGAAGAAGGAAGUUAACUUCGAUAAAAUAUUCAAUCAAAUGUUUGGUUACCUCUUAUUCAAAGACUACUGCGAGAAUGUGGCGGAGGAGCCGAUUCCGCAACUUAGGUUUUACGAAGAGAUCAAGGCGUACGAGAAGCUGGAGUGCCCGGAAGAGAGGAGAAAACUUGCCAAAGAGAUCUACGACAAUUUCGUCAUGAAGGAGCUGCUGGCACACUCCCAUGAAUACUCCUCGGAAGCCGUGUCCCACGUUCAUAAGUACCUUAUGAAAAACGAGGUCCCUGUUAAUUUAUUCGAGCCGUAUAUCGAAGAGAUUUUUAAUCACUUAAGGGGGGAGCCGUUCAAGAAGUUUCUAGAAAGCGAGAAGUACACUCGUUUUUGUCAGUGGAAGAACUUAGAGUUGAACAUGCAGUUGACAAUGAACGACUUCAGUGUCCAUCGAAUAAUAGGAAGAGGCGGUUUCGGAGAAGUUUACGGGUGUCGAAAGGCAGACACAGGAAAAAUGUACGCAAUGAAGUGCCUUGACAAGAAGCGAAUAAAAAUGAAACAAGGCGAAACUUUAGCGCUCAACGAGAGGAUAAUGCUUUCGGCAGUCAGUACCGGUGUGGAUUGUCCAUUCAUAGUGUGCAUGACAUACGCCUUCCAAACACCAGACAAGCUCUGUUUCAUUCUUGAUUUGAUGAACGGGGGCGACCUUCAUUACCACCUUAGCCAGCACGGAGUGUUCAACGAGCGGGAGAUGAAAUUCUACGCAGCGGAAGUAAUACUCGGAUUAGAACAUAUGCACCGUAGGUACAUCGUCUAUCGGGACCUGAAGCCGGCGAAUAUCCUCCUGGAUGAGCACGGCCACGUAAGAAUAUCGGAUUUGGGGUUGGCUUGCGAUUUCUCCAAGAAGAAACCUCACGCGAGCGUAGGAACACACGGAUAUAUGGCGCCGGAAGUGCUCUCGAAGGGAGUAACUUACGACUCCAGUGCCGAUUGGUUUUCGUUUGGCUGUAUGUUGCAUAAAUUAUUGAAGGGACACAGUCCAUUCAGGCAACAUAAAACUAAAGAUAAACACGAAAUAGAUCACAUGACACUAACUAAGAACGUUGAGCUGCCGGAAACAUUUUCGAAAGACCUGCGUUCGUUGCUAGAAGGUCUGCUGCAACGAGACAUCAACAACAGACUCGGCUGCCAAGGCGGAGGUGCGGACGAGUUAAAAGAGCAUCAGUUUUUCAAUGGUAUCGAUUGGCAACAAGUUUAUCUCCAGAAAUACACACCGCCACUUAUACCACCACGUGGCGAGGUGAACGCCGCAGACGCCUUUGAUAUCGGCUCCUUUGAUGAGGAGGAUACUAAAGGUAUCAAACUGACAGACACGGAUCAAGAGCUGUACAAAAAUUUCCCUUUAACCAUCUCAGAGAGAUGGCAGGCUGAGGUAGCCGAGACUGUGUUCGAGACAAUCAAUAACGAAGCAGACAAGUUGGAAAAUAAGAAGAAAGCUAAGCAGAAGCAGCGCUUCAAGGUAGAUGAAAAAGGAUCUGAUUGCAUUUUACACGGGUAUAUUAAAAAAUUAGGUGGUCCUUUCGCGAGUGCGUGGCAGACACGUUAUGCAAAACUUUAUCCUAAUAGAUUAGAAUUGCAUCCUGAAUCCACGACGAAACCUGAAUUGGUUUUGUUUGACCAGGUCGAGGAAAUUAGCGCAGAUCUCCAACACGUGAAAGGAGAACAGUGUAUUGUUGUUCGUAUGAGAGACGCGAAAAUAGUACUUACAAAUCCCGAUGAAAUCAGUCUAAAGGAAUGGGCAUUAUCAUUAAGAUCUGUACACAAAUGCUCGAUGGAGAUGCUGGGCAACAUGGCGAAAAAGGCCGGUAAAAUCUACGGGACUGAACGAGACGCAGUGAUUCCGGCAAUGCAACGCUCGACGAAUAGCAACUAGCCCAUUGCUAAAACCUGCACGCCGUCAUCAUGCUCCAGUCCCACUGCCCCCCAGCAACAGCAACUUUUUUUAUACUGAGAAUCAACGCAGAGAGACCUAGAAGAAUUUCCAACGAGUGAAUGACCGGGUAAUUGGGAGGCGAUUUUCCUUGCAACCGGCAACCCGGGAUCAGAAGUAUCUAAGUCUCGAAACAGCUCCAAAGAAAAAACUCCUUUUGAACGGCGGGUAGCGUCGCGCUGUAUAGAGACUCUAGGAAGUAGUGUCGUACGAAUCGUCACGUCAUUAUAUUUGUACGUUAGCUGUAUGUGCAAUGUGGCGUAGGAACUAGCGACUGAACAAUGCCCAUCGACACCCACGCGAACGCGCGCGCGCGCGCGCGCCAGCACGCGUGCACUCAUGCAAGAAUCCACACGAGAGACACACACACAUGCACGCACACACGUACACAUAUACACGUAAAGAACACGAAAAUGCAACCGGUAGUGUAUUAUUGUUAUAUCAAAUACGAAAUACGCCCUGAAUCCCGAUUAUACUUCUACACCGUUCUAUACCGCUCGUUUACUUAAUUUAUUUACUAAUGCAGGACGAUUUUAUAUUGUCAUUUCGUAAUCGGUAACACGCGCGCGAAUUCGUUUAUUUAUUGUGUUGAAGGAAACAAGAGACAAAAGAAAGAAGAACUCGGAACAGUUUGUACAUUAUCGGCAGCCAACCGAAGAUAGCUGUAAUACAAAAAACUGUGUACGCUCGAGUGGAUACAAACGAAGUUCGCUCCGGCAAUAAAAUUGUGCGACGAACGUAGAUCUCGUCUACAUUUCUUCAUUCUGCUCAGCCCCAUGUCCAAUGUAGGGAAGUAAGUAGCCUUUAAGUGGAUCGAGUAACUCCACAUGGAAUAGGAAAUGCCUUUGUCUUUACUUUCUUUUUUUUUCUUUUUUUUUUUUACCAAGUGCGACUGCAUUAUGGUCUAAUAUGUAAUCUUUAUAUAUUUGCAGCUAAAGGUAAUUAUGAUAAAAAG